AUGUCACAAGCUUUUACUGAAAGUGUUAAAACCUCCUUAGGUCCCAAUGCCACUCCAAGAGCCAAGAAAUUGAUUGCCUCAUUGGUGCAACAUGUUCAUGAUUUUGCUAGAGAGAAUCAUUUAACCACUGAAGAUUGGUUAUGGGGCGUUGACUUUAUUAAUAGAAUUGGUCAAAUGUCAGAUAGUAGAAGAAAUGAAGGAAUCUUGGUAUGCGACAUUAUAGGUUUAGAAACAUUAGUUGAUGCUUUGACUAAUGAGAGUGAACAAUCAAAUCAUACCUCGUCAGCUAUUCUUGGCCCAUUUUAUUUACCCGAUUCCCCUGUUUAUCCAAAUGGUGGUUCAAUUGUCCAAAAAGCUAUUCCUACUGAUGUCAAGUGUUUUGUCAGAGGUAAAGUCACUGAUACUGAAGGAAAACCAUUAGGUGGUGCUCAACUUGAAGUUUGGCAAUGUAACAGUGCCGGAUUCUAUAGUCAACAAGCUGAUCACGAUGGACCAGAAUUUAACUUGAGAGGAACAUUUAUUACCGAUGACGAAGGAAAUUAUUCAUUUGAAUGUUUGAGACCAACCCUGUAUCCAAUCCCAUAUGACGGUCCUGCUGGAGAUUUAUUGAAGAUUAUGGACAGACAUCCAAAUAGACCUAGCCAUAUUCAUUGGCGUGUUUCACACCCAGGGUAUCAUACUUUGAUCACUCAAAUAUACGAUGCUGAAUGCCCUUAUACAAAUAAUGACUCUGUUUAUGCUGUUAAAGAUGAUAUUAUUGUUCAUUUUGAAAAAGUCGACAAUAAAGAUAAAGAUUUAGUUGGCAAGGUUGAGUAUAAGUUAGACUAUGAUAUUUCAUUGGCCACUGAAUCAAGUAUUCAGGAAGCAAGAGCUGCCGCCAAGGCAAGACAAGAUGCUGAAAUUAAAUUGUAA